GAAAGGAUAUUCGGUGACAUGGCGAUGUUUAAUUCGUUCCGCUUGGCACAGAGCAAAUUUGCAGCGACCGGUUUUAGAUGUUUAUGGACUUCUAGGGCUUUGCUGGCCGAUCAGUUUGAAAAUGACAAUAGAAAAGCAGAACCACAACAAUUUACUCAUGAGGAGAAUGAUGAGGAAUAUGAAAAAAAUAUUAAGUUAAAAAUACUUGGCGCUUCUUUAAAAUUUGUUCCUGACAUGGGAUGGAGCAAACAGGCUAUUAGUGCUGGUGCAGAAUCAGUUGGAUAUCCGGGCGUGAUACAUGGAUUGUUUCCAAAAGGUAGUGCGGCUUUAGUGGAGUAUUUUUACUCUAUGUGUAACCGGGAAUUAAAUGAAAUCCUAGAAAAAGAAGCAUUAGCUACUAAAGCAGAUUCCUCAAGUUUGCAGAAGACACCAGAACAGCAAGUUUAUGACGCUGUAGAAACUCGGUUGAGAAUGGUGAUCCCUUACAAAAAAACCUGGCCACAAGCAGUGGCUAUUAUGUCCCUUCCACCGAACGUACCAACUGCUUUAGCAAAUUUAUUAACCUUAGUCGAUGAUAUCUGCUACUAUGCCGGCGAUAGAUCGGUUGAUAUUAAUUGGUAUGCCAGGAGACUGAUACUAGCGACUAUUUAUAAAGCUACUGAAUUGUACAUGUUGCAAGAUAAAAGUGAAGACCACAAAGAAACAUGGUUGUUCCUAGAGAGACGAUUAAAGGAUAUUUUACAAGUACAGAUAAUGCUUUCCAGCUCGAUUAAGCCAGAUGAAGCUUUAAACCGUGUUACAGAAACAGCUUCUACUGUUUUUAUAACGGCCCGCAAUAUACUCGGAUUGCGUUAGUAAAACAAGGAAUAAAUUAAUGAGAGAAGAUUUUAAGAAAAGAGAGAUAUUCUGUAAAUGUUUUCAA